AUGAUUAGAGGUGUAGGUCUGUUUCUAAUAGGCGGCUUUCUGGCUUGCAAUGCUAUUUAUUUCCUAUACUUUUUUGCUAUAGAUGACCCAAAUGUAAAUUAUCAGCUUAACACAGCUACUCAAAAACAAGAAGCAGAAAGUAAAAACAACUUGAACUAUCAGAAUUAUAGAGAUUUUGUCAGAGAAAUAGAUGUAUAUAAUGCUAGUGCUAUAUUCAAUUCAGUCAAUUCAGCGUUGAAACAAAAGGAUUCAGAUAUUUUCCCCGCUGGUGUUUCAUAUUUUCCUGCAGUUAUCCCUGAGGGAACGAUACUAUAUCAUGCAGGUGCCGGUAUUCCUGAUGGAUUUGAAUGGUUAGCUAUGGAUAUGGAAUUUAGUAUGAAUUUUGGCAGUAGGGGACGAAAAACCAGAGGUUCAAAAUCUUUAAAUAGAUUUGGAAAUUGGGGACCAGGCGGACCCAAACAUGGUCCUAAUUUCAAAAAGCGUGAUAAUGAAGAUGAAUCAACAGAUAACACAGAAGAUACAGAGAACAAUCAUAAUUAUUGUGACGACAAUGAUGGAAAUAACAACGGCUUUCAUGGGCCCAAUAAUCGUAUUUCUUCACUUAUGAGUUUUAGAGUCAAGAGAGAUUUGAAUAAAAUGCUUUAUUUGGAUGGUGCCUCGGCUUCUAAAUCGAAAGAUACUGGUGAAAUGGACACUCAAAAAAUUUUGUCCGAUGAGAUAGUAAAAAGAUUGAAUCUAACUGACGAAAGUGAUGAGGAUGGGGAGGAUGGAAACGAGAAGAAAAAAUAUGUCAUGGAUGAAAGAUUAUAUGCUCAAAAUAUAUGCAAAUGGGGUGAACAGUUCGGUCUUCAUGGUUAUAUUAGAGUGGAGAUGGGAUUUGAGGUGGUAUUAUGUGACUUCAGCAACCUAGAAAUGAUAUCUAAUGUUUCGAUGAAGUUUUCGGACGAUAUUUUAGAUUUGCCCCCAAAUCAGGAUAUUACCUUUAAAAAUGGCUGGCCAAUAAAUUGUAACGAUGGUACUUUAAUGGAUGAUUUACUAACACCCGAGCAAAAAACCAUUUUAGAAUUGGAAAAUUUUAGAGAGGACAAGUUAGUUAAAUUAGGUCUCAUUGAAGGGUGGGAACAGGCCAGAAUUGCUGGUAUAAGUCAUAACUGGGGCGACAAACGAAUUGGAAUUGAUUAUAGGUAUCUGAUUACUGGUAUCAACAGAACUUGGUUGGACCCUAAUGCUUAUAAAAGAAGACUUGCAUUUGCAGGAAACGAAACUUUGGUUGAGAUCGUAGACGAUUUAGAACACAUUCUAAAAAACUUUCAAUUUAAUCAGUAUAGAAGCAAUAACUGGCAACUCAAAACGGAACAAGUCGUUGAUAAGUUUGCACCUAUUAUAUUAUCUCUGGAACACUUACUUAAUUCCUCUGCACUAAAUUUCCAAGAUAAAGUCUUAAAUAUUACAAUGUACACAUUGCCUUUCGUUAAAAGAUACUGGCACAAGGUUGAAGAUGAUUAUCACAGCAAUGGUAUAAAUUUUGGGGUAUGGGAGUACUCUUAUCCUUUACUAAGUUUGCAAACAGACUCAGAUUAUCUAAUCUGGUCAUCUUUUGUUAAUAUUUUAGAUUCAAUUUUUGACACCAUAUACAAUGUUUUUGACAACGUUUCACCCUUGGCAACAGAGUGCUUAACAAACGGUUAUAUUGAUGAAACAAAAGAGGAAGCUGUUUUGAAACCCCUGUUAGAACAAAUACACCAAUUAAAGAGUAUUUUAAAUUGGGUUCAAUUUGGUUAUAAAUGUGCUAGGGCCUGUGAAUGGGAUGAAAUUUGUUAUACUCCUUCUUGGGGUCCUGGUCCUAUGGGGCGGGCUCUCCCAAGUGAUUACAACAGUACUGGUAUGAUUGGCUUUAUUAACGAUGAUGAAAAUAAACUACUAGUUAUUGAUUCUAAUGAGCAAUGUAUUAAAGUUACCGAUUUACUACAGGGACGUGGCUGA